CUUUUUUCAUAAUUUCUAAAUAGAUAAGCUGGAUGUUUGUCAAUUAAUGUCGAAGCUUCAAAUUUGUAAGCAGCGACAAAAUUAAAACUUGGACAAUUUUUUGGGUCAAAUUCAUACUGGAUCCUGUCGUCUCUGCUUAGUUACAGCUCUGCCCACGAUGACUCAGCCUCGCCUAAAUUAACCGUGGCGCGUAAUUAGCUGAGGAAAGCGACGUGGCGCAGGCGUGACGGACGGGCACCUCUCCGUCGAGGUCGCGCGUUGAGCACCGCUGGCUGGAUUACACUCCGUUCGUCCGGUUCGUCAUGGGUUAAGCCGCGCGCGAGUAUUGAUCCGUGGCGCGUGGCCGCGCCCACGGCUUUUCCGAUCGUAUCUCACGUAGCCGACGCGCUUCCGAGCGCUCGGCGACGAAAAUCCCGCAGCUUCAAUAACGGUUCUCCCUGUCGAAAAAAAGUAAAACGCUUCUCUCCGGAAUCGUUCCAAACCGCGCCUUCGAUUCAACUUGAAUCACCGCGAGAUUUGAAAUUUUAAUUUAGAAUUCGAAUCGCGCGAUUUUUAUUCUUCUCUCGAGAAUUUAAAGAUUUCUGGUAACGAGAAACGUUUGGAAGCGCGAUCAAUACGACGAUUUGGCGUUCCCGUUCUUCGAUUUGAGGAUUUCCCAUUUGCGUUUCAUCGCGAAAUGUACAAUACGUUUCAUCGUGGAAAAAGAUCGAUCGAGUGUCGUUAGAACGUUGGCCUUGAACGCCACCCCUCGAGACGUCCCGCUUCGAGACGAAAGAGGCCGAGAAUCCGACAAGAAAGAGAGAGAGAGAUAGAUCGAGACAUCGAUUUUCCGUGUCGCGGCAAUUUCAGCCUGUACAGCACUGGACAAGGAGCUCUUCGUUCCCAAAGUCCGUCCACCCGCGUUCCCACGCAAGGAGUCGUGCCGCGGCGUUCCGUUUUUUAAACUCGCACUAUCCCUCCUUUAAUACCCGUCGUUCAUGGCACGGCUGUGGGGACGCGAAUGAACGCAUCCCUCGCCAGACAUAACCAAGGAUGUCGCUCCUCUUGAAUCCCGCAGAACCCGUCCACCUGAACGAUGACCAGAUGGAGGAUCCGUUCCUUUGUGCAGAUAACGAUGAUUAUAACUUUAAGUAUGUGCCUUCAAAUCGUUUCAAGUACAUAGUGAAAGAUGUACGCAGACAGAGAUGCCGGGAGGAAGAGGAGAGCAUAUGGGCAUCUUUCGUCAGACAACAAGAGCUAAAUGGCUAUGACAGAAACAGCAUUCAAUCAUCUGUUCAGAAUAUCAAACAGUUGUUAGAUGAGGGUAUGAGAGAGGCAGAUAGAGAACUUAACAAAUUGGAAACGGAUAUUUUGCCUAACGGAAUAAGGAAAGAGUGCAGUAAAACUGGAAACAGUCAGAAGAGAAAACCGAGGGUAAAUAAUAUCAGGGACUCGGCUCCGAAGAAAGCGCCAACCGUGAAAGAUACCGGGACAGGUAGCAGUAAUUUGCUGCUCACAAUUCCUGAGGAGAAUAACGCUCGGACUUACGAGAGGAGGCACGAGAUGGAAGAUUUCAAGUCGUACGCCAGAAGGUCUCGCUCUGGUCCAAUACCACGAAAAACCAGGCAACCUUCGAGGCAGCUACAUCAUGCGACCAACGGCGCCGAGUAUAAUUCCAGUCCUGAGAGCACCUCGCGUCGCGACGGCGUCGCAGACGGCGUUAUUCACGUGCGGCCGGAUCCGUUUACCAUGCACAAGAUCCUGACAAUGCAGAGGAAAGUUUGCGAGUUGCUGGACGAAAUUGCAUUCAGACUGGGAAAUAUUUCGGCGCCAGAUGGGAUCAAGGAACUGCAGAAGCGGCAGCAAUGCGUCGCCGAAUUCAUCGUACGAUUCUCGAGGAACUAUUUGUAUGAUCUUAACAGAUAUGUCAGAGAUAUCCAGAGGCACAUGUGUGUUAUCUCGCCGCGUGCAAUAAUAAAGCCAAAUCACAAAAACUUGGGACUUCACAUGCACGCCAUCGAGCACAAACUUCUCGCUGCCCAUCAACUGUUGCUGCAGGCACUGGUCGCCUACUGUAAACACAUUCCCAGCUCUAUUCCUAAGGGCCAUCCUGGAAAGUUUAAGGAGAUAUUACAAGUAGUUCUUGAUAUGAAGACUAUGUGCGAUAGGCUUCACUUAAAUUAUUUUGACUCUGGGGACACUGAUGUUUUGUCGCUGGGGAAGGAACUUGAAAGCAAAUGUAAUAUCGUUUUGUCAAAGCUGAAACUUCAUGCAAAUAACGACUUUUUUGAUACUAACAAAACUUCGUCGAUGGCAUCUUUCACUCCAAAUUCAACAAAUAAGAAACAACUCAAUCGCAAACAAUUGUCCAACCGGUUGAGUAUGUACAGCAUAGACAAAAGUUCCAAAAAUAACUUUAAACCUAAGACAAAUUUUCAAAAGAUAAAAGAUAAAAAAUAUAAUGUAAUAGAUGUUAAAAAAAUUUCUGAUGAGCCAAUAUUGGAUCAGCUAUGUUCUAGCCCUGUAACACCAUCUAAAAAAUCUGCAAAUCAGACUAGUACCAGAAAACAUAGAGCAUUUGCAAAAGAUGAGGAUAUAAAGACUAUGAUGGAUAUAUUACCCAUAGAUUCAGAUAAUAUCAGUAACUUUGAACCGCAGGAAAAGUAUAAUAAUGCGAUGCUCACAAGAAGAAUAUAUAAAACGCCGAAAAAAUGUUCAGGCAAAUCACAAAAUCAAAAACAAUCAGAAGCUAUAGAAAAUAUUGUUAAGAAUACUGUCACAAAUAACGAUGAAUUCAUGAAAAGAGAGACAACGAUUACAGAUGAACAUUUAUCUAACUUGGUGCCGAUUAUCGCAGACUUCAUGUCUUAUAUUUCUAACAAGUCAAAUGAAUCAGAGGCAAGGCCAAUUUAUUCUAAAACUCUUACGAAGACAUUAAUGAAUUUUCUGCAGAAAUAUCAAUCGUCUGAAAGAAUAAACGCAAAAAUCAAUACGAGCACAAGCUGCGACGUAUGUUAUUCAGGCAGCAGUGAAUGUGAAUGUCUUAAAACAAACAGGACUUUGACCGAAACGCGAAAAACUGGUGAUAACAUGCAACUUAUUUGCAUGUCAUCGAUAGAAAAUGCCUCAAAUGUACCUCGCUAUUGCGACGCAUCGUGUCAAGCAGAUUGUGAAAGCUUAACGGAAUUCCCAGAUUUUGAAACAAAGGUAAAAGAAGGAAAACUUAUGGCAGACUCGCUGAAUAACAUUGAGCUUGUUGUUUCCAAUGAAACUGAGCUGAAUUUUUUGAAAUAUAGAUGCGAAUAUCAGCAAUUGAUGCAAUCAAUUCCAAUGUACUCUAGCAAUACGCAAAAUAAACCAUGGGACAUUGUCGCUUGGAUAUCUGAUAAGCUCGUAGAUGAAUUAAUAACAGAGAUAGCAAAGGAGCUGCAAAUAGAUGAUGUUAUACAAAAGCUUUUCGAGUUAGAAUUCCAAGAAUUCUAACAUAAAAUAAUGCUACUCUUUUGUCAAACUCAAAAAACGCACAAAAAGAAAUUGUAUAAGAAACUUCACAUAAAUUUGAGAGGUUUUAUACUGUAAAUUGAUAAUUUUUGAAAUAUAAUAUUAUGAUUUUUUUAA